CGGUAUCAGGAAUGCAUCCACAUCCAGUUCUCGCCGUGUCACUCACUUCUUGAACCGACUGAGUAGUAGGUCACAAGGAACCCACCAGACGACACGACGAUGUCUAGGACUAUAUUUCUCGUGGAGGCCUUAUUAUUUUUGGCUGUGGGAACGUGUGCAUUAGGAAUAGGUAGCGGAUUUGAUAACUGUACAUCUAUAUUUGAUUGUGGUGACUGUCAAAAUUCCAAUUGUUACUGGGUGCUCUGUUACUCGGAUGGUCCAUUUUGUCAGAAAGAUGACGUAGGAGAAGGUUGCAAGUUAUUACCAUGUAACACUACCACAACAACUGAACCCCCCCCAACAACAACAAAGCCUGAAACAACUUUGCCACCAGAAACCACAACAACACCACCUGACACAACAACAGCGGCUACAACAACACCAGUGCCUGAAACGACAACACCACCAGCGCCUGAAACGACAACACCACCAGCGCCUGAGACAACAACAACACCACCAGCGCCUGAGACAACAACAACACCACCAGCGCCCGAGCCAACAACAACACCACCAGCGCCCGAGCCAACAACAACACCACCAGCGCCCGAGCCAACAACAACGCCACCAGAGCCCGAGACUACAACAGCAGCGCCAGUUCCUGAAACAACUACUCCAGAGCCUACAACAACAACAGAACCUCCAGCCACCACCACAGCACCCCCACCCCCUUCUGGAAGACAUUUUGAUGCAGCCAGUUUCUUUGCGCCCGAAGCCAAACAACCAACCACCAGCGCCCGAGCCAACAACAACACCACGCCCGAGGCCCCCAACAACCCACCACCAGCGCCCGAGCCAACAACAACACCACCAGCGCCCGAGCCAACAACAACGCCACCAGAGCCCGAGACUACAACAGCAGCGCCAGUUCCUGAAACAACUACUCCAGAGCCUACAACAACAACAGAACCUCCAGCCACAACCACAGCACCCGCACCACCUUCUGGAAGACAUUUUGAUGCAGCCAGUUUCUUUGGUGGCAUGGUUCUAGCUAUUGCAAUAGUAGCUGUUGCUUAUGCAGCUUGGCACUUCUACAAGUCCCGAAAUGGCCGCAGCUAUCACACACUGGUCACCAACAUAGAUUUCUAAAAGAGGCUGUGGACAUCACUAAUUGCUACACAGAAAUUAAGUUAUUCUUCAAUAUCAGUCAACAGGGUCACUUUUUAGAUGCCAAGGGAAACAGUAUGCUGAAGGACUAUUGUAAAAGUCAAGAGUAUCGCUUAAUAUACCCUGCCACAUUGAUGAAGAGAGGUAGUAAUGUUACUGUGUGCCUCAACAUGAAUAUGUGAAUCACUGUAGCCUUCAUUGUUUUAGCCUUAUUAAGAUUUGAUUUACCAUUGUUGUUAUUAUUAUUAAUAUUACCAAUGUACUAAUCACUUUAAAUAUCCGUUAUUUAAUUGGGAUUGUAAUCGUAAUCAAAGAUGUGCUCAUUCAGUGUAUAACCCUCUUAUUUUGCUUAUGCAUUAGCAUUUACAAAUUGUCCAUCGAUCAGUCGAGUUGAAAGGAGAAUAGUAUAUGUCAUUUUCUCAGUUGAGAGUUGACUCAUUGUCUACCAUACCAUGAGACAUCUCUCUUCACUUGAUUUUAAUAGUGCUCACCUCUUCAUCACCUUGCUUUGUGACUUGGUAAAUUAAUGCAGCUCAUUUAGUUACUCUACUAUACCACCAAAAUUCUUUUACAUUUGUGCCCUUACUUAUUGUUACUGACAGCUCUUUUUGGUAUAUGUACUAUUAUGAAGAAUAUUUGCCCAGGCAUUAAUGGCUAACUUUAUAGCAGACCUAUGGUGUCCAUUGAUGUAGAGUAGCUUUCUCUUUGUCUCCAAUGUAUCAGAAAGGAUUUUACAAGAUACACUAGGUGUAAUUAAUGCACUUCUUGGUCAGAGUUACCUGAGUUAGGUAAUAUAAAAGUGUACAAAAAUAAUUUCAGAUGAAAAGCAGUAAGGCUGGUAAAAACUCACUUCAGGGAAAAGUGAAUGUGAUUGAAUGAAUCAUCUUUCUCUGAUCUGUGUGUGUCCAAGAGAGACUUCCAGAGUUGAUUUGGCCUAGAUAUGCAACGACUGGAAGAAUUUAUUGAUGUUCAAGACUUCAGGGUUAAGUUCUCCUAGAUAUGCAAAGACUGGAAAAGUUCACUGAUGUCCAAGACUUCCAGAGUUGAGCUGUUCUAGAUAUGCCAAGACUGGAAGAAUUUACUUAUGUCUAAGACUUCCAGAGUUGAGCUGUUCUAGAUAUGCCAAGACUGGAGAAUUUACUUAUGCCUAAGACUUCCAGAGUUGAGCUGUUCUAGAUAUGCCAAGACUGGAAGAAUUUACUUAAUGUCUAAGACUUCCUGAGUUGAUCUGUCUUAGAUAUGGAAAGUCUGGAAGAAUUUACUGAAGUCCAAGUCUUUUGACUGAUUAAUUUAGGGACAAGAUCCCAGUGGAUGUUUAACUUAUGAUUUUGGAACCUCCUCUUUGUCCUCGCAAGAAUCAUAGGUGGUGGACUAUCUGGUGUAAUUUUCCUACAGUUGCGUGCAAAUUCUGUAGUUUUAGGCAAGACAAUCUAAGGCAGGAGUUAUAUCAAGUAAAGUUUGUGAGUGAUAUGCUUCCUCAAAACUUUUGUAGAAAGUUUGGUUUUUCUUUGGCUUUUCAGUUUCUUGGCAUCUUGUACAACUUUAACGGUCUGUUUGGCUUGGCUAUCAUUAUUGAUAAUGUUCAUUUUAGAUGGCUGAUGAGCUGAGGGGAAAUACGAAAUAGUAAGGGGAAAGGAAUUCAGUUUCAAUUAAUAUCUAAAGGAUGCCUUAUUAAAAAAAUCAGUGUCCAUUAAAUCAGACAACUAUGAUGGUAACCUACCACAGGAAUGAGGGAUGCAGCUGACAAUGUUCUCUCCUGGGUAGAAAACAAGAAGGGCUUGACCCAUAAAGGGAUUUUGGCAAAGGAAAAAUCUAUUUCUGGGGGAAGACCUGUGUCGCCCGGUGAAAAGUCCUGUAGCUGACUUUUCCAAGUAUAAAUAGAUUCUGGAAAAGAUGUGUCGUGAUUCACAAGCUGUAUAAAGGAAUCAGAUGAUUCCACCAUUAGGUCACUGCCCCAAUGCGUGUUUCACAGCAUGCAUUUGAUGGAUUGUUUCACAAAUGUUUAAAAAAGAAAUAGGCAAUAUAUUGUUCAUAGUUCUGUAGCCUUUGAACAUGGAAGAGGGAUGCCCUUGCUCACAGGUGAGACAACCUUCCCUCUGUGAGAUCUCUGCUUGAUAAGGUGUUACGUAUUUUCCAUAUGCCUUGGAUUAAUAUAAGCUGCACCAUACUUUCCUCAGCAAGAGUGGUUUCCAUAUUUUUUAAUAUCUUCCAUCAAACUACCCUAAGGAGCUACCCGCAUUGCUGUGCCUCCUGAGACAGCAGCUCUUGAGGCUGCUUCUCCACAUCCUUCAUGCCCUGAACUUAUAAUGACCUGAGAUAUUCAGUAAUUUCUCAAAAAGAGAAGCUGUUUCCAGGCUGAGGAAAGAAAGGAUGGCUAAUUUCAUCAAUUCACCACUGUUUCCUUCUGCUCUUAUGACCACUGUCCUUUUUUUUGGUUUGUAAGAGAGGAAAGAACUACGUUUUCAUUAUCAGUAGUUAAAUUACAGAUCUGCAUCAUUAAAGGCCAUUGAAUCUGAAGAUUCUUGACCUGAACUGUUCACUGGAACUACCAGAAAUCUUAAUGAAUUAUUCUGGUAAAAUUCAUUGGUAGAUCUCACACUGGUGUUGAGGAGCUUAUGAGGGAUCAAAAUGAGUAACUAGACUAUACUUGUGCUCUACUGAUUUUUGCUCAAAAUGGCUAUUUUGCUUGUUUUUAAUCCAGUCAGCAAUGUCAUUGAGCUAAAGUGACUUUUGGCACAAGCUGACCAUAACAGAGGAAAGUCAUCAGUGUGUCUUUCCCUAAUUCUAGGGCGUCAAAGCACAGAAUCAAGUUUCCAACAUGUCAGAGGAUGCCAUGGUGCUAUUUAUUACCCCAAGCUUGUUGUGAUUUUAAUAAGGAUGAUAAAGAUACAUUCAUAUUACUGCCAUUUUGUGUACCUAAGAAGCACUGUAAGACAUAUAAGAUCAUGAGAUUAUGUAGACCUAUAGUUUUCUGAGACUUUAUACAGAAAGAGCAAUGCACAGAAAAAUUACCAUAAGUACCACAUUACCUACACUAAGGUUUAAGAUCCAGAGGUUAUAGUAUAUGUAAUUCAUUGUCUGAUUAGGAUUUUACUGUUACACUGAGGUCAGUGCUCAUGAAGUAAUGGCUUUAUCUGUAUCAGUUUGGUACAGAGAUACCAACAAACUUUUGCUUUUUUUUUUUUUUUUUUUUUUUUUUUUUUUUUUUUUUUUUUUUUUUUUUGCAGUAGGGUCUGUAAACAUGUUCUCAGAGCAACACUUGCAGGUAUGCUCUGGAUUAGUUAGCUGUGCCAUAAGUUUCCUCCUCUCUAAUGCCUUGAAGCACUGGUAACUAACUCAAGUUCGUAGACUACACAGGAACUUUGCAUUCAUGAUGUGCAUUGUUAAGUAUCCAUAAUCUCCCAACUUCAUCUCUUGUUUUACAAUUCUGAUCCAGCAUAUCUCAGGGUAUCAGGUCCUAUAAUAUACAAUGCAUACCUAAUUAUAGGUAUAUUCAUUGUUUCCAACAGGGCAUUCCUGUAGGUACGGUUUUCUGGAUCCACAAUAGACCAGAAUACCAAAAAGCUAUUACACUACCUUCCACCCAAGUACUAGUGAUUCUGCAUAAGUGAAAUAAAAGUGUGUACAUUUUUUGGGCACUUACAGAUAUCAAAAUAUUUUGUUAUGGAGGGAGCACCCUCUUACCAGUCACGCUGAGUAAAUUUGUUACAUGGAUUCAGAAUGUCAUGACUCAUGAUUUACUGAGUAAUGCUUCCCUUGAGAGGGGGAUAUUACAUUGUGUUAUGUUACUUUAAAAAAUGACACUGGGCUAUUAAUCAAAUGAAAUACUUUCAUUUCCGAUACAUUAGGUUCUUCUAACAUUCGUAUAGCUAAUUUUGUUCUUUCAAAUUUGUAGAAGAGCAAUGCAUUGUACAUCCAAGCUUUAUGAUAGAAUGUAUGUUUUUAUCACUUAGACUGAAAAAAUAAGUAUUUGAUAUAAGUGUCUGUGCCUGAUGAAACCUGUUCCACUUUGUAUGAGUUAGUUUGUGCAUCCUUAUUGUAUGCAGUGGAACAUAUUGGAGGUGCAUGAAAUGUCAUGCUGGUGAACAGGUGCUUCAAAGUGCUUGAUUUUAAAGCCUGGAAAGAUUUUAUACGUGAUUAUGGUAAGAUACUCUAAGAAGGAAUUUAUAUUUGUGUGCUAGGAAUGCUGUUGAAAUGAAUAUACAGUAAGUAUAUACUAUGUAGAAUAUGUAUUUAUGUAUGUAUAUAUACAAGUGCAUAUGUAUGUGGCAAGAUAAAAUUUUCAAUAUAAAAUUCUUUAUAAUUGUGAUAGUAUUGUUAUAGGAACUAAUGAUAGAAUUCUGGGAAUGCUUUUUGCUGAAUAAAAAUUACUUGUGCUGGCAGACUACAUAAAACAUUAGACAAAUUAUAAUUUUAAAUAUUUGGAGUGUUCAUGAACAGAUUAUAUUCAUAUAUGCAUAUGAAACAAACUAGGAUGCGCUCGCAUAUUAACAUUACGUGCUAUAGUAAAUGUGGGAUUACGUAUGCGACAUAAAUAUAGCUUAUGUGUAUACUACAUGCAUCGGUUUUUAUAUUUACCAUUGUUCAGUACUUUGAGUCACUGUCAUUUUUUGAGAAAAGUACAAACAAUCUCACUACAGAAAUUCACAACGUUAACUCUCAUAAAGAAAUGUGAUUAGAUUGUAAUGUUUUCACUGUUUAGUAAAUUCAUAAUACAGUACCAAAGAAUACAAUCGACUAGCACAUAGCUUGGUAAUGAUCCGUUUCGAGUCAGAGAUCUGUUCCUGCGAAGUUAGGAAGCUGUUAGCACCUGACCACUCGACUUUUUUGUUCCAGGAAUGAGCUCAUCUUAGUAUGGUGAUCGCCCAUGGCUCUUGUAACCAGAGGGUCUUGUUGUUAAACCGUCUUUGAGGAUUUAGGUGUAGUAGUGUUGUCUUUCAUUUUGAACGAGUGAAUUUUUCUGUCGUCAGGAAAAUCUGAUUUUCUCUGAAAGAUUUUUUAUCUAGUCUAUUUAGACAUAGUGGACAGAUGAAGUACGUACCUACUGCUAUAAAAAAUAAAGUAGCCUUUGUAUCUACUUUUACAUUAUUCUCUUUAUAGAAAUAAUGGUAAUUCUCAUGUCAGGGAUCUGAAACGAAACUUGAUAAAAGAUUUGAGAGAGAGAGAGAGAGAGCACAGUUAAAUUAAUGAAAGAGUAAUAUGAAUUGAGCUUAGUCCGGUGUUUUGCACUGCAUCUAAUGCAUUAUCGUUAAGGGAAUCCAUUUUCAUGAUUUUGCUCCAACUCGCCAAAACUUUACACACUCGCACUGCCUUUUUUAUUAUUUUUAUUUUGAAGUGAUAUUUUGUUUCGACUUGAUCAAAAGAGCGUUGCAGCUUCGUGUAUCUCAUAAAAAUAAAUUACCAACAGUCUGCAAAAUAUCACGGCUGCCAUGGGACAGUAAAAUCAUAAAAAAAAAAAAACUUUCUUUCUCAUCCCAAACUUCCAAAUGAAGACAGGGUGUAAGGAAAGGGUGAUGGGAAAAAAGUGAGACCAUGAAUGAUGAAAGGACUUAUAAUAAAAGGAAAUCAAGGCAAAAGGAGCCACAAAAGACUAUGUACAAGUUGACCCCCGGGAUUCGCGGUGGAUAGGGACGAAAACUGCCUACUUUGAGAGUUCAAACACCUACAGAACCCUCUUAAAAUGCUUAUACCUGCCCAUUUUAAUACUAGUUUUAUCAAGAAAAAAUGUACAGUCACCAAAACAAUAUGAAAAUGCAAUAAAUAGGAAUAUUUUUCUAUGACAAAUUCAGUGAAUUGACGAAUUUUCUGCGAAUAAUGUGCAUAUACGUUCCACAGGAAUGUCUGCGAAUAGGCGAAGCCGCAAAUCCGGAACCACGAAUGAUGGGCGUGGGUCGCUUGACGUAAGAGAAAUGAGUUUCGGAGUGUUGAAAAACAAAAAAGGGAACGCGUUGAGAAAGGAAAUCAGACCUUUCAUUAAUUCCCUAAGGCAUGCUUUAUUCUGCAAUGGUCAUAGAUCUGAGGGCGGCUGGGCGCAGAGGAAAUCCUCGACAUUUAAAGGAUACUGGUAGCGUUAGCUUUAAAGAAAUCGCUUACAUCGGUGAGAUACACUGCUGAUCAUCAGAUCCGAGCUAAUAUCAUCACGUCUGCGUAUUAAAUACAACUGUUUAGCGCAUGGUAAAUGUAGAAUUUGCUGUAUUCUGUAAGACUGUCCUAACUUCAACCAACGAAUGGCCGAUCUAUUGUGCAAGUCCAUCAAUGAGAUUAACUCAGAAUUCUUAAUUUUUUUUUAAUCUGAUGAGAUGUUAUCCUUUUCAAUUAAAUAUCUACUCAUUCGGCAUUUUCCCUUUACUCAUAAGCUUUGGAAUUCUCGUCGAAAUCUUUCAUCUUUCCAGGGACCUCACUGUUCCCUUUAUCAGCUCUUUUAUUCGCUCCCUUCAUUGGCUUUUACGUGGAGUGACAGAAAUGGAAAACUCUCUCUCUCUCUCUCUCUCUCUCUCUCUCUCUCUCUCUCUCUCUCUCUCUCUCUCUCUCUCUCUCUC